GACUUCCUUUUCCUCUCUGGAAAAUGUAUUUCAUGCAGCAGGUUUCUAAUCCAAGUGUUUCAUCAAUCAGCAGCCCAAGGUCACUGGAAGGACUGGGCGCGUUUAGGAGGCUGGAGGAGCUCAUCCUGGACAACAAUCAGCUCGGAGACGACCUCGUGCUGCCAGCCUUGCCCCGACUCCAUACCUUAACCCUCAACAAGAACCAAAUCACUGACUUGGAGUGUCUGCUUGAUCACCUGGCAGAAGUGACACCAUCUCUGGAAUACCUCAGCCUGCUGGGUAAUGUGGCAUGUCCUAAUGAACUGGUCAGCUUGGAGAAGGAUGAAGAAGACUAUAAGAGAUACAGAUACUUUGUUCUUCACAAGCUUCCUAAUUUGAAGUUUCUGGAUGCCCGGAAAGUCACCAGACAAGAGCGAGAGGAAGCGUUGGUCAGAGGCGCGUUCAUGAAGGUGGUGAAACCCAAAACUCUGAGUGACAGUGUCGCUGCUUCUCCGGAGUGCCACUAUACACCUCUGCCUUCUGCUUCCAGAGAACUCACUAGUCAUCGAGGUAUCCUGGGAAAGUGUCACUAUGUUUACUAUGGGAGAAAUUCGGAGGGAAACAGGUUUAUCCGAGAUGACCAACUCUGACGCCAAGUACAUUCUGAUGCCUUAGCCUACAUCAUGAGAAUAAAA